UAGCUCUUGGAGGAUGUGAUGCAACUCAGGAACACCAUGGUCCUUGCCUUCAGAGACCUCAUGUCUAGCACGGGGACAGACGUGUGAGUAACCCAUGGGAGGCAGGCUAGCCUCAGGUGAGGGGUAGCCUUCCAAGUCCAACUGACGGCUUGGGUUUUCAUCCCACCCCACCACUUAACGGAUGUUUGACAUUGGGCAAGUUAUUUCACCUCCCAAUAUCUCAGUUCCCACACGUCUAAACUGAGUCUCUUUUUUUCUUAAAAGGUUGCUCUGAGAAAUAAAUAAGAUACUUAGCACAGUGCCUGGCACACAGUAAUCUAUGAAUAUUGAACUGUUGGGAAACUAGCCAGGCUGUGGUCGUACCAAUCAAACAGGGACCCAUGGGCUCUGGGCCUGCGGGAUUUGAAGUCUUCACGAAUGAAAGGCGGAGACCUGAAGAAUGGGCAGUACCUCCUGGCAGAGCUGGAGGAAGGUAUUCUGGGGCGUGGAAAGGUAAAUGUAAACACAGAGUGGAAAUCGCAGGCAUAUUUGGGGCAUGGCAAAUCGCGCCCUGUGGCUGGAAGGUCACGUUCAUUGGCAAAGGGAGGAAAGGCCUUUCAGGGAUGUAUGCGGGCAGCCUUCUGGCACAGAUGAAGGAGGUUCAAGUCCUCUCCAUGGACUUGAGCUCCAAAGCGGAAGUCACAGGUCCACCAUAGGACCACUGUUGAGGUUAGGCAUGGCCAGAAAGGAGCUCUCUUCCCCACUAUCCUCCUGCCUUUUUCAGCAUGGGCCUCCUCCCAAGGCUUGGCCACUCCCAGCAUCCAGCACCCCCACCUCUCAGUCGGGUUGGGAGGCAGGCGGAGGCUUUUCGCGGGGGCUGUGCCUGGUGGGCGGUUUUCCCAGAGCAGGGAGCAAACAGGACUGAGUUGGAGCCAGCUUCCUCGGAUGUAGACAUUGCUGGCUGGAUGACCAGCCACAGCCAGCUAGCUUGAGUCCAAGGCCUCCUCAGGCACUGUGCUUCUGCUCUGUGGGCUGCAGCCCCAUAGCCCAGUGGGGUGGCAUGUCACAGAGGAAGGCCAGAGGGCCACCAGCCAUGCCAGGGGUGGGGCAUAGCCAGACUCAGGCCAAAGCACGGUUGCUGCCAGGCGCUGACAGGAAGAGGAGCCGCCUCAGCAGGACAAGGCCGGACCCGUGGGAAGAAAGAAGCUGGAGCAACCAGAGAUGGAGCAGAGCUACCCCUGGCCCUCGAGGGACCAGGGCUGGGGGCCUGGCUCUUGGCAGGAGCGAGGCCAGUCCUGAGAAUGCCGCGCGGGAGCGGAGCCGGGUCAGGACGCUGCGCCAGGCCUUCUUGGCCUUGCAGGCUGCUCUGCCUGCCGUGCCGCCCGACACCAAGCUCUCCAAGUUGGACGUGCUGGUGCUCGCCGCCAGCUACAUAGCCCACCUCACCCGCACACUCGGCCAUGAGUUGCCUGGCCCUGCCUGGCCGCCCUUCCUGCGUGGACUCCGCUACUUGCACCCUCUCAAGAAGUGGCCGAUGCGAUCUCGUCUCUAUGCUGGAGGCCUGGGGUACUCCGAUCUUGACUCCACCACAGCCAGCACUCCCAGACAAAGAACAAGAGAUGCAGAGGUGGGGUCCCAAGUCCCUGGAGAGGCAGAUGCUCUCCUUUCCACCACACCACUCUCACCAGCUCUUGGUGACAAAUAAUUAUCACACUCGCCCUUUUCUCCUAGACUGUGACUCAUGCUUAGGGACCUGGAUUUUCUACCAGCCCCCAGAUUCUCAGCCAUCAGACUGGACCCAGACUCAACUCCCAAGUUCCAGCAUGCAGACCAAGAGAAGCAGUAGCACUUCUGUGAUGGACAGUACCCAGAGGGGCACAGGUUGGAGAGCCUCCUCCUUGGUCCCCAGGAGGGGACUUCCCCAUGGCUCUUCUGUGACAGCUACUGGGAAGUGGGAGAGAAAGAGGUAUAAUUGGGCUCAAAGUUGAGCUAGGGAACCACCCUAGCUUUCUUCCCCUAAGGUUUCUACAAACCCUCUGCAGAUAGCGAAAAGGCAGGUGCAGAGGGAAGGGCCUGGGAUGGCACCAGCCCCAGGUGCUGAUGGGAAAGCCAGGUGGCCGGAUAGGCUCCUGGUAGCUGCAAGUGUAAACAGAUCUGGGCUGGGUCACACAGCCAGAGGGGAAACUGAAGAAGGAAAUGUGCUUUCUAACUGCAUCAUGAGAUGCUUACCUGAUGUUAGAGAGAUAGUGAGGAAUUCAGGAUUCCUGCCUCUGUAGUAUGGGCUUUUCCAGAAGCUGCCCCUCACCACUACAUUUUCUCUCUCUCUCAGCUCCUGCACUCUUCCACUCUUUUCUUUUCUUCUUUUUACGUACAGAUGGGGUCUUGAUAUGUUGCCCAGGCUGGCCUCAAACCCCUGGCCUCAAGUGAUCCUCCCACCUCAGCCUCCUAAAGUGCUGGGAUUACAGGUGUGAGCCACCAUGCCCAGCCCCACUGUUUUCUUGACAUGAGUUAUAUCUACAGGUUAAGCCAUGCCAUACAUCUUGCAUUGCUUACAUUCCAGUUUCCAGAGAAACUUUUAGAUAGUCCCAGAUGCCUAGUUUGAGAUCUUAACCAGAAGCAAUUCUACCUUAAUUGAACCAAGCAGCAACUUAUGGCCUUAAAUAUGAAGGAUAUUGACAGAAUCAAUUACAUCCUUGAAGGACCUUAAGAGAAGAUCAGGUAUAUAGGGGGUGAUCAUUACAGUCUUCUCUUUCCAUUGUGUUAGAAACCUGCCCUCAAGCAAAAAUGAGAUAGGCCUGCCUUCAACUGUUCAACCACUCAACUGGCUCCUUGUAAAAUUUGUGUUCGAGGCUUCCCUGGCUCUGGAGUUAUUUCUACAGUCUAUUAGCUCCCUAGGGCCAGCUCCACCUCAUGGAGAUCGUCCUUCGGGGCCUUCUCUAAGUCCUGCCAUGGGGUGCCAGAAAUGUUAUAUAGCUUCAGUGAAACUCAUCUCUGGCCCUAAAGAAAUAACUUGAGGACUAAUCAUAGAAUCUACACACACUGAAAAUAACUUUCCAGAUCAGAUAUAGCCUCAAACCUGGCACCUGAAGUCCAGACAGGGAACAAAUUACCUUUCCGUUAAAUUCCAGCCCUUCAGAGUGGGAGGGGACAGGCAUGACCAACUAGAGUCCCAACAAGGUUAUCCUUAGACACACACCAUUGUUGUCAUCAUGAAUGUAAGUGAGCUCUGGGUAGGCUGGGAAAGGUUGGGGUCUGGGUUCUGGCAUGACAGGACCCUGUACCUCCACAGGGCUGGCCAGGGCAGAGCUGAAAUAGGGCUGAGGGUGCAACUGAGCCAGUUGUGGUAGAGGUAGAAAAAGAGACACAGAACAUCCCAGCCCCGAGCUGCCUGGGAUGUGGGAGAACAGCUGGAAUGUGGCCGGGAGCCAUGGGGAGAAGGCCUCGGCCAAGGCUGAACUCGUAAAUCUGCCUUGAACCAAGUCUCUGCAGAGGGACCAUGAAGAGCUUGUGCAGAGCUGAUGUGGGCAGCUGGACAGGGCCAGGCAGGGGCAGAGGCCAGGUGUGGGAGGGCAUGAGCACAGUGUUCUUCACAAGACCAUAAAAGUCCAGCUAGAAUGUUCUAUUUUUAAAGCCAAACAGCAGUAUCUUCCUGGUUGAGUUCACGGCAGUGGUAGGAAGAGAAGCAGAUACAUUUCCUCCUCAGCUGGUGGUACACUGUUUUCCUGGGGAUGACGGGAAAUUGGCUUGGGGUGUGUGUCGGGGUUCUCCGGAUAGCAUGGAGCUUCUCCUGAGAGUAGAGUAGAUUUUGGGUUGGAGCUUGCCCCACCCUGUCCUGCUCAGACUCAGGCCUUUGCCUAGUAACAUUAGAGCCCUCAGGGGUGACCUCAUGGCCCUGGUGGAGACAAGGAGGGCACCGGAAGCAUGACGCAGGUGGAGGGCUGCAGGAGGCAGGUCCCAUCACUACAAGUUUCUCAGGCUGUCUUGGGCCCUUUCCAGGCAAAGCUGUUCUCCUUUGUGCCCAGGACAGUCAUGGGGGGUGGGGCAGAGGCCAUCUCCUCCAGCCACAGAGACCCAGCCCCGUCAGGCCAGCAAGCAAAGGGGCCUGGCAGGGGGCAGGGUGAGCCAAGGGAAGGCCCAGGGGAUGGAUGGGAAUAACCAGAGGAUGGACUGGGCCCUCCCUCCCUGACAAGCAUAGUAAUGCCCUUGAGACAUGUCAGGACUUGGAUGCGUGAAUGAACCAGAACCAGGAGUAACCCUCUUUGUCUCUGCAAUGAGAAAGAAAAACACGGCCAGGCUCGGUGGUUCAUGCCUGUAAUCCCAGCACUUUGGGGGGCUGAGGCGGGCGGAUCAUGAGGUCAGGAGUUUGAGACCAGCCUCACCAACAUGAUGAAACCCCUUCUCUACUAAAAAUACAAAAAUUAGCCAGAUGUCUUGGUGGGCACCUGUAAUCCUAGCUACUUGGGAGGCUGAGGCAGGAGAAUUGCUUGAAGCUGGGAGGCAGAGGUUGCAGUGAGCCAAGAUCGCGCCACUGCACUCCAGCCUGGGCGACAGAGCAAUAAUCCAUCUCGGGAAAAAAAAAAAAAAAAGAAAAGAAAAGAAAUAAAAGAAAAUAUGGAUGAAAACAUUUGAGCAUGGAUGACAAAUGACACUAGGGUGGCCUGGCUCAGGAGUUGGAGCCUCAGCUGCUCCACAGGGGACUGGCCUGGCCCACUUGGUCUUCCUGCACCACCUGCCCCAUACCCAGGACUUGGGAUUGGGAUGGAGGUAGAGGUGGGGAACAAGACUUCCCUGCUGGCUCCCUCCACAGAGCAUGUGCUUUCUGAGGAACAGGAUGGCAGGGUGGAGGCUUAGAUGGGGCUGCAGGGCUGGGUGUGGUGGCUGAUGCCUGUAAUCCCAGCACUUUGGGAGGCCAAGGGGGGGGCGGAUCAUCUGAGGUCAGGAGUUCAAGACCAGCCUGACCAACAUGGUGAAACCCUGUCUCUACUAAAAAUAUGAAAUUAGCUGGGCUUGGUGGCACAUGCCUAUAAUCCCAGCUGCUCAGGAGGCUGAGGCAGGAGAAUCGCUUGAUCCCAGGAGGUGGAGGUUGCAGUGGGCUGAGAUCGUGCCAUUGCACUCCAGCCUGGGCAACAAGAGUAAAACUCCAUCUAAAAAAAAAAAAAAAAAAAAGAUGGGGCUAUGGGAGAAGCAGAGCUGGCCCAGUGAUUUCUUUUUUUUUUUUUUUUUUUUUUUUUUUUUGAGACGGAGUCUCGCUCUGUCGCCCAGGCUGGAGUGCAGUGGCAUGAUCUCAGCUCACUGCACGGUCCGCCUCCCGGGUUCACGCCAUUCUCCUGCCUCAGCCUCCUGACUAGCUGGGACUACAGGCACCUGCCAACACACCUGGCUAAUUUUUUUUUUUUUUUUUUUUGUAUUUUUAGUAGAGAUGGGGUUUCACCAUGUUAGCCAGGAUGGUCUCGAUCUCCUGACCUUGUGAUCCGCCCACCUCGGCCUCCCAAAGUGCUGGGAUUACAGGCGUGAGCCACCACGCCCGGCUGGCCCAGUGAUUUCUAAGUAAUACAGUGGACACUGGAUUUUACCAAAUUGGGAACUAUAGAAGUAAAGGAUCUAGCCUUCUCUGAGACUCCUUUUCUCUUCCUCUGGGAGGAGCCUGGCUAGGGUGAGUCAGAUGGCACUGUCCUCUCCCUUUUGUGGCAUGAGCCCUAAACCCAGGGUGCCUAAAAGCUUAUUCUAUUCUAGAUCAAGGUAGGCAAACUGGCCAGUGGGCCAAACCCAGCCCCAUGUAUUUUUGUAAACAAAGUUUUAUUGGAACACAUCCACACCCAUGUAUUUAUGUGUUAUUUAUGGCUGCCUUCCUGAUAGCAUUGCAGAAUCAAAUAGCUGCACUAGAGACUGAAAAGCCUAAAAUAUUUACUCUCUGGCCCUUAACAGAAGUUUGCUAACUCCUGCUCCAGCUCAGAGGCAUUCAAAGUAUGGUCUAGGAACCCUGGGGGUCUCCGAGGCCCUUAAGGUGGUCUAAGUAGCCAAAACUACUUUGAUAGUUUUAUAUUUUUAGGCCACACACGGUGGCUCGCACCUGUAAUCCAGCACUUCGGAAGGCAGAGGCAGGUGGAUCUCUUGAGCCCAGGAGUUCAAAACCAGCCUGGGCAACGUGGCAAAACCCCGUCUCUACUAAAAAUACAAAAAUUGGCCAGGUGUGGUGGCAGCUGUAAUCCCAGCUACUUGGGAGGCUGAGGCAUGAGAAUCGCUUGAACCUAGGAGGCAGAGGUUGCAGUGAGCCAAGAUCGCACCACUGCACUCUAGCAUGGGUGACAGAGCGAGACUCCGUCUCAAAAAAAUAAAACAAGGUGGGCAUGGUGGCUCACGCCUGUAAUCUCAGCACUUUGGGAGGCUGAGGAGGGCGGAUCACUUGAGGUCAGGAGUUUGAGCCCAGCGUGGGCAAUAGGUGAAUCCCCAUCUCUACCAAAAAUACAGAAAAAUUAGCUGGGCGUGGUGGCAGGCAUCUGUAGUUCCAGCUACUCAGGAGGCUGAAGCAGGAGAAUCGCUUGAACCCCGGAGGUGAAGGUUGCAGUGAGCCGAGAUCAUACCACUGCACUCCAGCCUAGGCGACAGAGCAAGACUCCAUCUCAAAAAAAUAAAAACAAAACAAAACAAAAAAUUAGCUAGGCUUGGUUGUGUACACAUGUAGUCCCAGCUACUCAAGAAGCUGAGAUGGGAGAAUCACCUGAGCCUGGGAGGUCGAGGCUGUAGUGAACUGUGUUCUUACCACUUCUCACCACUGCACUCCAGCUUGGGCAAGAGGAGUAAGACCCUGUCUCAAACAAACAAACAAACAAAAAAGAAGUUAUCUAUAUUUUUUACUCUUACUCUCUCAAGAGUGUAGUGGAAUUUUCCAGGAGCCACAUGACAUGUGAUAUUGCAACAAAUGGAAUGAAGAAGCAGAUAAGAGACUCCAGCUGUCUAUUACAACAGACAUUAAAGAUAUUUUCAAAAAAUGUAAAGCACUGCCAU